UGUGAGCUGGUCACUGGAGAAAUGGAUCCAAAAGCUCUGCCAUAUGACAAACGGCUGGCUUGGCAUUUCAAGGAGUUUUGUUACAAGACAAGCGCACACGGAAUACCAAUGAUUGGUCGAGCCCCCAACAAGUAUUACAGGGGAGUCUGGAUACUGCUGUUUCUUGGAUGUUUGACAAUGUUAUACCACAAUGCACAGAGCGUCCUCGAUAAAUAUCAUCGCAAUGAGAAAAUUGUUGAUAUACAGCUCAAGUUUGGUAUGUUCGUUUUAUAUUCACUUGUAAAAUACAUUUCAUCAGCAGCGUUUUCGUGCACGAAGCCCUCUUCUGCAAAUGAGUACGGAAUAAGGGUGAAUCGAAAAUUAACCGCCUUCAUAUCCGGACGCGACGUCUGAGC